GCACCGGCACCCGCCGAUAAAGUAGGACGACUUGCUCCGGGGGGAACGCCGACUCGAGAACAGCGGCGGCCGGCCGAUGGGGGAGGACGCCUUCGGGUCGGUGGCGCCGCCGGUACCCGCCUUUCAAAACUUCGCCAUCUCUUCCCUCCGCCUCCUCAGCAUCCUCGAGCACCCCGACCCCAACCCCGACAUCAUAUCCUUCCGCACUCACCAGCUCGAGCUCGACGAGAGCGACGUGGUCUGGUCAUCGUCCUCUGACGACCUUUCCUCCGACCCAUCCCUCUCCGAAGCCGUCUACGACGACCAUGAUUCCGUCGAUCGCGUCACCUCCCCCUCCGCCGAUCUCCCUCGAACCCCGCUCGCGGCCUCCUUUUCCCCCUCCGGCCACCUCAGUCGCCCCCUCGCGCCGGAAAGGUGCGGCCUUUCCGCCGCCUUGUCCGAGGACAACCUUCCCCUGGUGCUUCAGCAUCGAUCAGUCGCCACAGCGACGAGGGCUACGAGGCCGAUGGCAGUGCCGGAAGGAAGGGAGGCGGCUUCAGUGGUCGGGAGGGUGCGCCAGCACCAGUCUGCGCCUGUCAACAUCCCGGUGUGGCCGAGGUGGAGUAAGGGGCGGAAAGCUGACGUCUUGAACGUGGUGGAGGAAUCGGAAGCAUGGGAGAGCGCGAAGGAACACGACGAGGAGGAGGAGGAGGAGAUGGUGCCUCCGCACGUUAUCGUGGCGAGGUCGCACGUGACGAAUUUCUCGGUGUUCGAGGGCGUAGGGAGGACGCUUAAAGGAAGGGAUCUCCGGCGAGUGAGAAACGACGUGCUGCAGAAGACGGGCUUCCUCGACGUGUAGAAGGCCAAAAGAACACAUGCCCUUCUUCUCUAUGGGCUUCGUUGAUGGUUGGAGAGAGAGAAUCUGUUUUAAUCAGUACUGAAAGAUACAUGAUGAAAUCACUCCUAAGAUCAUAGAUUUAAGGGGUUGCUUCCUCUCAUGUUUGUCCAGUUCUUGGAUGCCUUUUAACUCUGUUUCACCCGCAGACACAAACACGACACAAUCUUUGUUGGUUUCUGCCAACCACAAGUGUGGUGAUGUGAGGGAUUCUGUCGUUUUUGCCUUUGAGAGAGAGAAGUUCAAUUGACAGCCACAACAGUGUUCACAUACAACAAUUGCAGUUUCUCGUCGAUGGCGACCUGCAGAUUUCAAUUGAUUGUGUUUCGAGGGAGAAGGUAGCAGUUUUAGCGUUGUGGAAGAGAAGCUUCACAUUUUUUUUACUGUGACAUUUGUUUUCCUUGUAAAAUAUGAGUGUUGACAAAGGACUAUAUAUAUAUAUAUAUAUUGGUAUGA